AUGAAAUCAAACACCAUAUUUUUUAAUGUUCCGUAUCAAAACAAAUUGUUGUAUUAUCCAACAAUAACAUCCGCAUUUGGCCAAAUACGUUCUUACACCACCACAAAUUGGUUGAAGGAAAAAGAAGCAUCCACAAAUGAUAGUAAUGAUCCCUCACCUUCAACCUCCGAACAAAUCAGUCUCGAUUUGACUAAUUACAAGAAAUGGAAUGAGCAACAAGUAGCAUCACUGUUAACAUCUCCUGAAUCUUUGGGUGGUGCUGGUUUGUCGGUUGAAAAGAUGAAGCCUUUGUAUGAGGUUGGUUUUGAUGGCUCAUCUCUUUACAUCAUUGUUGAGAGUAUCAAGAUGGACGGUGUAAAGUAUGCCAUUGAUCAACUCAAGAACACUUUAAAAGACCAUGGUUUCCAAAUGACUCUUCUACUCUCCGACACUUGUAAAAUUAUUGUUUUAUGGGUUAACACGCAAUUCCUGCACAAAUUACAAACCAAUGUACAAUCAAUCUCUGUCCCUUUACUCUCUGCAUCUGAUUUUCUAAUACCUUCCCUUAAUGCUUAUAACGCACUUUCCUUAGUUGAUGUAACAAACAACUAUCAAGUUGAUCAAAAGGACACUCUUAUUUACAGACAUCCACUACUGGAUGGCAUAGAGAUAUUUAAUAAUUUAGUAGAAUUUAAAACUAUACAAGAUAGAUUCAAGCUUAUUUGUUCACUACACUCAUUACGUGGAAGGCCAAGCUUUGAGAUUCAUGGAAACGCGAGAACAGGAAAAACACAUUGUGCUAGGUUUAUUGUACCAUAUUACAUUACAAAAGCAAUGAAUGAACAAAGAUUGGCUAAUGGUGACCCAAUACUUAAAUUAUGUCCUGUUAUUUAUACUCGAUUUACGAAUAAGGAAAAUUGUAACCAUUUAAAAGAAAUUUAUGAUUCAUUACAACCAAUCAGAGAGGCUUUAAAUAUUGACGAUCGUACAUACAUUAAUCUAGAUUACAAAACUCUAAUUGCACGAGAUAUAACAAAGUUCGGAAAAUAUUCUCCAAAUUGCCAUCUAUUUAUAGUAUUAGAUGAAAUACAAUUCAUAGACUCGACUAUACUUGAUACACUUAGAGAAAUUGCAAAAUCACAAGAUCUACCAUAUCGUGGAUCGACUUUUAUUUUAACAGGAUCAACUCAAGCACGAUUUGUGAGAGUAUUAGCCUCAACUGUUAAGAAUGGAUUAAGCUAUAACGAAGCAACAAUUCAGCAUACUAUCCCUUAUGAUCUACAAAACUCGACACAAAUUGAAGAGUUAUGCAGAAUUCGCAACAUACCAAAACCCUCAGAUGAAGAUCUUUGUUUAUUACAAGAAAGAUUUAGAGGACUUAAUAUUGCUUACCUUACUCAAAUCCUUGCAUUAGUAUCACAAAACAUAUCCAUCGACAAAGCUGCCUAUAUGUUCAUCAAUGAAAUAUUCGAUAUAUACGAUAGGGAUAUUUUUGUACCACUAACAAAAAAACCGUUAACAAUUGACAGUAAUUUAGAGCUAGUGAUGAAUCAGCUUUUGCCAAUAGAAACCAUUUCAUCCCAACAAGAUAAUAUUUUUCAAUACGCAUCAACAUAUUUAACAAAGGAAGCAAGAAUUGUAAAUGGUAUUUCAGUUGACUUCUACAAGUUUAGAGAUAUCAUGUUGGAAUAUUAUUUGACAACAAGGUUGCAUAAACGUGAAGAUGGCACUUAUUAUCUUUCUAAUAUUGAAUAUAAACCCCAUUCCUUGGACACCACUAUGGAUAAAAUUGCAUCAUUAGGAGAAAAGAUUGCAAGAUGGAAACAUUAUAACCGCAACAAUGAUCAUGUUGCUAAACAAUUUUUUCAGAACAAUUUUCAAAUUAUUCAAAAUUUUUUACAAAAGGAUCCAGCUUUGACAAAACUUAGCAACAGAAACAUUAACAAUUUAUAUCAAGAGCUAAAUACCAUUAUCAACAAACAUCAUACACAAAUCCAAAAGACAUAUAGCUCAUUCAACACUUUACCAAAACAAGAAAAAUUAGCUAUAAUAUUUAUACAAACCAGAAAUAUUAUUAGACAUGAACACGUAACUUCAUCACCAGCAACAACAGCUGUUGCGAAUGCAUACCUCGCUCACUUUUUCAACGGAGAUAGACAUGAUUUCCAUAGAUUCUCCAUUAGAGUUUAUCCUCUUCUUGGCUUGCCAAUGUAA